AUGACAAAAGAUUUAAGGACUUUAUGGUGAGAAGAAAAUGUUGAUGAUGUGUAUCGAUUAAUCCAAAAAUUUUGCAAUAUCACUCUAAUAGUCAAUUGCCUUUUAAGAAUGCUUAAAGUGAUAUUUUACCCUUCUAAAUAUCUCUUUGAUGUUUUGAUUCCGCAAACACUGAUUCAUAUUCUUGUAAAUUUCUUUGUUAAGUAUGCUGGAAGAUCAAUUGCUUGAAAAGUAGGUAUUAUAGUAUUUGUUGUUGAAUAUUUCAAUAUAUUUUUACGAUACAAUUCAUUGACGAUUUUUAAAGAUCAUUCAGCUAUUCUAGAAUCAAUAUCUUCUGCUGUUACUUUUCUCUUUGAAUACUCAAUUAUUACUAACAAAUGAACUUUCAAUAUUGUUGUGAUUAAGCAUGUAUAUAUUUGGCACGUUCAUAGACUACUUUUUUACGAAGCUGAUUCUGAAAAAGAAGAGCUUUCGCCCUAUAAUGGAAUUUUGCUCAUAAUUGUGCUUUAUAAUGUCGCCUACCAUCAUAUCAUAAAAAAAUCUUAUGAGCAUUACUUGUAUAGAAAAGAGCUAGAGAGCUCAAAAAAUAGGCUUAACACAGUAACAGAAGCAUAUACAGAUGGAAUUCUUGUUAUUUCUCAAGACUUCAAUAUAAAAUUUUUCAACCAUUGUAUACUACAAUUAUUAGAUACAACAGACUCUUUACUUUAUACAACUCUCACUCCCCCCCUUUAAAUUGGAACAAAAAAUAGGCAUCUUUUUGGUCAAUUAACCCCCCUUUAAAUUGGAAUAAAAUUCAAAAUUUUAUAAUAAAAAUUUUAUAGAUAAAAAUCAUAAUUUUUUGUGUAAAAAGUUUCGAUAUAAUUUUAAAUUUUUCUUCUUAACUAAUAUUAAAAAUUUAGUUAUCUCUUGCUCUUGUUUAAAGAACAGAGUAUAAAGAGCAUCUUAUUUUAAAUAAAUUUAUUAUCCUUAAUUACUAAAUUUGUAUUUUUUAGAUAAAAAUAAUAUUUUUUAUUUAAAUAAUUUUGAUAUAAAUUCAAUGCGAAUUCUUUACAAAAUUUCAAAAUUUACUUAUUUCUUGCUUUAUUUUAAAGAAUAGAGUAUAAAUAACAUUUAUUAAAACAAAAUUAGCACUUUUAUCGAUAAUUUUUUUAAAAAUAUUUUAAAUUUUUGUUUAUCAAUAAAAAUAAUAAUUUUUGUGUAAAUAGUUUUGAUACAAAUUAAUAGUGAUGUAUUAACUAAUAAUAAAAAUUUAGUAAUAUCUUGCUUUUUUUAAAGGAUAAAGAGUAAAUAACAUUUUAUUAAACAAAUUUAUUAAUCUAAUUCGAUAAAUUUUUGAAAUUUUUUUUUUUUCUAAAAAAUUUUAUAUUCAUUUUUUUUUAAUAAAAAAUUUUCUUAACUCCCGUUUAAAUUGGAACAAAUUUGUUGUUCCAAUUUAAAGGGGGACAAGUCAGCAAUAUAAAAUAUAUAGAUGGUAAGAAAGUCGCGAAUUUCAGCAACUCAAACUCUCUAAUCGAGGAUAUUUACUUUUUACUCGAAAAUCAAGAAAUAACUGACAUCACUCUUGGAAUAACACUAAUUGGGGACAUGAACUUGGAAUGACGAGCAAGGAAAAUCGAAUGAGAAAAUUCAGCAGCACUCUUUCUCAUAGUAAGAGAUGCUACUCAAAUUAUAGACCUAGAGCUCAACAUUGCAAAUAAUAAGAUGAAAACUUUGCUUUUAAGGACAGUUUCUCAUGAAUUGAAAACCCCUUUGAACUCAAUAAUUUAUUUCACUGAUGAUCUGCUCAAUAGUCAUGGAUAUCUUUGUGAAAAAUUGGAAAACAAAUUAGAAAUCAUAUCAGUUUCUGCCAAAAUGAUGAGUUCGCUCAUUAAUGAUUUAUUGGAUUACUCCAAAAUUUUGGUCGGCGCCUUCACAAUCCAAAAAUCUUAUUGUAAUUUGAAAGAAAUAAUUGAAAACACGUGCGAUUUGAUUAGAAUUCAAGCUACAAAAAAAAAUUUAGCAGUGAUUACGAGGAUUGAUCCAGAUAUUCCAAGUAGAAUUUAUACGGAUCCUCAUAGGCUAAGCCAAAUUAUAAUCAAUUUAUUAGGAAAUGCACUAAAGUUUACAGUUAAAGGUAAAAUUGAGAUUACUUGUGUAAAUACUUCGAGAAAAUCUAUAAAAUGCUAUAUUGAAGAUACUGGAAUUGGGAUUGAAGAAGAUGCAAUCAAGCUUCUUUUUUCAGGUUAUCAGGCUAAUUAUAUUCCUGAUAUAAGCUAUCAAGGUUAUGGAUUAGGGCUAGGGAUUUCUAACUUACUUUCUCUCUCCUUUAAAUUUGAACCAAAAAAUCUGUUCCUAUUUACAAGGGGCUAUUUUUUUAAAUAAAAAUUUAAAAAAUCAUUGAAUUUACAUUUAUACGCACUUGGAAGAUUGCUAUUGGUCAAUCCUAUUCCAUCAAAAUAAGCCAUUUGAAGAAAGAAAAAUUAGAAAAAUUGCUAGCCAUUAGCAUUAGCAUUAAUUAUAGAUUAGGGCUCUUCUUCCUAUCUUACGUUUUACCCGAGACGAGUCUUCCUAGAAGACUCAUCCAGCUGCUAGCAAACCUUCCUGGGUAUAUCCACAUUUCACCAGAGAUAGUUCUCCUCCGACUUUCUGCUGAUUCUUAAUACUGUCUCGGAACCUUGGAGGAUAUGGGCCAAAGCUAUUUACAUAGAAUAUUCUUUUCACCUAUAAAAAAUAUUGUUCCGAUUUUAGUUUAUCCAAAAAUUAGAAUUUACCCAAUAUUUUGUCCAAUUUAAACGGGGGAGUUAAUCGCAAAGCAACUCUGUGGGAAGCCAAUACAAGUAAAGUCAACAAUGGGCAAAGGAUCGGUGUUUUCCUUUGAAAUUGGAGUCCUUGAUGAGAUAGGUCAUGAGCAUUCUGUAGUUGUUGAAUCAAACGAUACGAACUUAAGCCAUUCAGUCAGCAGUUUUCCUACUUUGGCUUAUUUUAGACCUAAAUGUAGAGAAGUUCUAAUUGUUGACGAUAUGGAGUUUAAUCUUGAAAUCCUUGGCUCAGUGCUGAAGAACUAUGAAAUAAACUAUGAUGAAGCAGCGAAUGGGAAAAUUGCAGUUGAUAAAGUAGUUUUGCAUGACAAUAAAGGAUUUCCAUAUAAAGUUAUGCCAUUAUUUAUGAAUGCAAUAAAAUUUCAUAUGGCAUUGUUUAUAUUAUGCAUUCAUUACAAAUCAAAAUAUUAUUAUGGACUGUGAUAUGCCAGAAAUGAAUGGAUGAGAUGCAUCAAAAAAAAUUAAUCAACUAUUUAGAGACAAAAAUAUCAAGCAUUUGCCUUGCAUCAUAGGAUAUUCUGCUUAUAGCUCUGAUGAAGAUAUAAGACUUUCUUUCGAAAGUGGCAUGCAUAGCUAUUUAGCGAAACCUUGUCCACCUGAAAAAAUUAUUAGUGCAAUUCUAAAAUUUUUAUAA